AUGCAUUUAGCUCGGCUCGAAAGCACCACCCCGCUGCUGCUUCUGCCCUCCUACCCUUCCCCUUCCCAUGCUCACCAAGCAUUCCCCUCCCUCUGCUCUGCCCUUCUGCCUCUGCUCCAUCUCCCCCCCUUUCUGCGCCCCACUCCUGUCGAUUUCCACCCCUCUAUUGUCCGUCACUGCCUCUCUCCCUCUCUUGUCCGUAUCCGCCCCGCUCCCCGUCCUAUGCACAGGCAGCCUUUUGAGCAGCCUGUCACCUCCCAUCAUCUCUCUCUUCCACACGGCUAUCAGCGCGUUCGUGCUGGUGACGUGGCAUAUGACCAGUUCAAACCCGCUGACGUGGAAUACGACCCGUUCCAGCUUGCUGACGUGGCGCGCGACGCGUCCCUGCCACGUGUGCUGCAUGAGGGCAGCGAGGGGAGGGGAAGGGGGGUAGUAGAAAGAGUGAGGGAGAUGGGAGAAGGUGGUUCCCAAAGGGAGGCAGACAAGGAGGGCGGAGCAGGUGGUGAGGGAAGGGAAAGGAGAGAGGGUUUGAAAAGGGAGCUCGGAUCAGGAGAGGAAGACGAGAGGAAGGAAAAGGAGAGGAGGGUUGAAGGGAGAAGGGGGGUUGAUAGUCCCGCGUCUCCACUUCCUCCUCCUGCCUUUGCUUCACACCCGCCUCCCGGCCCUCGCCCAGUGAUUAUAUGGGACCUUGAUGAAACCUUAAUUAUCUUCCAAUCGCUGCUCUCAGGGAAAUUCGCCAAGACUAUUCUGGAUGUUAGGGAGGCAGCAGGGGACAGUUGUGCAGGGGGCAGCAGCGACGGGAGAGGGGUGGAGGAGCGGGCAAGGGAGUUGGGUGAGGCGUGGGAGAGGCUGAUCCUGGACGUGUGUGACGACCACUUCUUCUUUAAAGAGCUUGAGGACGUGGACCUCCCAAAUCUGCGCCACGUGGAAGGUGGUGGCAAGCCUGCUGACGUGGCAGCGCCAAGCCACUGCGAUGGUUCCAUACCAGGCCGGGAAAAACCAGCAGUUUCUGCUAGUUCUGACGUGGCUGCUGACGUGGCGGCUGAUGUGGCGGGUCAUCAUGAAAGCCGGAUGAUUGCAGAGCGGAAUGCCUACCUGCCCCUUCUUCCUCCUGACCCGCAGGGAAUUUCGUCCCUCCUCACACCCGCCCAAGAGGAACACCGGCAGCAGCUGUACGCACAAACAGACAAACUCACCCAUGGGUGGUUGAGAGCAGGUCGGGCCAUGCUUGCUGCAGCAUCGACAUUAUGUGCUCCUUCAGACCCUACUGCAGCAGUGGCAGCGGCGGCACCAAUUGCAUCAGCAGCAGCAGAAGCCGAAAAAACGAGAGCAGCGAAGGCUGGAUCAGCAGAGCGUGGUACAGGGGCUGUAGCAGCAGCAGUGGCGAGUGCAGCAGGGGCUACAGCAGCAGAGGGUGGUGCAGGGGCUAUCAAUGUGGUUGUUUCUUCCGGGCAGCUCAUUCCAACGCUUGCCAAAUGCUUGCUGUUCGGUCUCGAUCCCUUCAUCUGCCCGACCAACAGUAAGUCGAUCCUUUCAUCUGCCCGACCAACAGUAAGUCGAUCCUUUCAUCUGCCCGAGCAACAGUAA